UUCAUCUCCUCAUCAGACUUCGUUGAUUCGAACAAAGUGCAGCAAUUGUUGAUUUGAUUAAAUCUUUCUGGUGGUCAAUCAGAAGAGUUGUUGUAUCAUUGCACGAGAACGAUCUCUUAGAUCAGUUUGCAUGAUGGACGAUGACAAUGAUUUCACCUUUUGUCAGGUUGGUCCCCCUGUCAACCCAGAUGGUGUCGAGGAAAAUAAACUUGUAUCAGAUAUUGGUAGUAUUACUAUUAGCAAUGAAUUCUCAAACGGAACUAGUGUUGAUCAGAAGGGAAGUUCCUUGUGGAAUGGUGAAUUUUCAAAUAAUGCCACAGCCAAAAAGGAGGCAACUGUUGGUUCUUUGACAUUCAAUGUUAUUGAUUCAUCAUCUCCAGCAAAAUCUAGUGGAAUUUCAGGAAAAGUAUCUUCCAGAGAUGCUGAGACAUCGGUAAAGGAUUUACAAGAGCAAAAAACAUCUUCUAGGAAGGCCACACCUCGAGCAAAGGUUCCUUUUGAAAAGGGUUAUAGUCAAAUGGACUGGCUUAAACUAACUAGAACACAUCCUGACCUUGCUGGACUCAAAGGACAGUCAAAUAAGAGGCUGAUUUUUAUGAAUGAAGUUAGGCAACACAAAACGGAAGGUUCCAUGUGGACUGUUCUUAAAGGCCGUGUCUACAACCUGUCUCCUUAUAUGAAGUUUCACCCUGGAGGCAUUGAUUUGUUGAUGAGGGCAGUGGGAAAAGACUGCACAUCUUUAUUCAAUAAGUACCAUGCUUGGGUCAAUGCCGACUUCUUGCUGGAGAAGUGCCUGGUGGGUACUCUGGACGAUAGCCAGUGAAGGCAGAGCAAUGUUCGAACAAUCAAGAAGUGGUUUAUGUCUCUAUUGAUUAGACCCAGAUGAUUGGACGUAGCAAUUCCAUCUUCCUUUUUACAUAGAGGAACAUCAUGCAUGUUAUAUAUAUACAUACCAUUUAGCAAAUUUGAUCAUGUGCAAGUUUGUCCAUGAAAAUAAUGUUUGUAUAUUUCAUUCAAUACUGUUUACAUUGAUUCCGGUGUUUUCACUAUGCCAGUUAAUUCUUUUGUUGGACUUGAAUCUGUAAUGCAGCAUUCUGCCAACCAGUU